CGGGGUGGGCGCGUGGCGCGGCGUGCGCGCUCAGUAGCGCGAGCAGCCCCGCGCGGCACACACGAUGUACGCGCUCCCGCUCGUCGCCGCACUGCUAGGCGCGCUGGCCGGCCAGCCCGGCGCCGGAGCCACCCUGCACUGUGCCAUGAGACGAGAGAUAUCCCCCUGCACCUGCACCCAGAACGACCCCCACACCGGCACCAUCAUCGUCCACUGCAACAAGAUCAACACCUUCGAGGACAUCACCCGAGCCCUCACCAACAAGUUCAGCCCCGAGACCAAGAUCGACCUCCGCGUCUCCUACUCUCAGCUGCCCGACUUCGAGGACCACAGCUUCCGCGAGCUCGGCCUCUCCAUCACCAAACUCUGGAUGACUCACGACUUACUAAGUGACCUGAAAGAAAGCGUCUUCCUGAAACUGGACCUCAUCAACUUCCUCUGUCUAUCGGAGAAUCUGCUGCCGGAAAUGCCGAGACACAUACUACGACAUAUACCUCAUGUGCACACUCUUGAUCUAAGCAAGAACAAGAUAACCACACUCACAAAGGAGGAUUUCAAGGACAUACAGGAGGUAGAUUAUAUCGUGCUCGUCGGUAACGAGAUAUCAAGGAUAGACACUGACGCCUUGCCGAAGGCUCUGAGACGCAUCAGUUUGGCCGGAAACCACCUGGUGACGCUCAACGGAACCCUGAGAGACAUGGAGCAUAUGGAGUGGAUGCUGAUCAACAACAACACCAUACAAAGCCUUGACAACGAAUUGCCUAUUAAAAGCAAGAGAAUCGAAUACAUUCAUGCACCGUAUAACGAGCUCCAGAAACUUCCUCAAGAUCUAAGACUGAUGCCGUCUUUAAGAUCCCUCUAUUUCUACGCGAACAAAAUACAAGCAAUAGAGGGAGCCAUACAAAAGUCAUCGAAUUUGAUCAGACUGACUUUGGCGGACAAUCUUAUUAAAACUCUUGCAGAGGAUGAGUUUGAGGAAGCACAUUCACUCGAGCAUCUCGAUAUAGCGAACAAUCAGCUGGUAUCGCUGAACGGAUCUCUCCGAAGUCUCGUCUCUCUUCGGUAUUUGAACCUUACUGGUAAUCACCUGCCAGAGUUCUCGCUGCAGGAGAUAAAGGGGCUGACGAAACUAUCGCUCAUCGAUCUCUCCUAUAACAAAAUUACACAAAUCACGGGCAAUUUGCAGGAGGAUUUUUACAACGACACAAAAGUAUUAGAACUGAGGUUGGACCAUAACUACAUUCACACUCUGGGCAGCGUGCUUAAGGGGCUGCACGGGCUCAUGAGGCUGAACCUCAGCAACAACCAGCUGCAGCAGGUCUCCUCCGACGACCUGAUCGGCCUGGACAGGCUCGAGUUACUAGACGUCUCCUAUAACCAUAUCACGUCAUUCCUAACUUCGAAGAGAUGCCUGCCGUCUUUGGAGGAGCUGAUUGCGCAUCAUAAUAACGUGACAAUUCUGGACAAAAAUCUCCACGGUCUGCCAUCUUUGUGCACAGCAGAUUUCUCGUACAAUAACAUCAAGUCCGUCAACCAAAUGGUGGUCUCGAAGUCCAGUUGCACGAUCAACCGUGUUCCCAGCACGCUAAAGAUAUAUCUGCAAGAUAACCCUGUGCUAUGCGACGAUCGUUUUUUCGACCUCAAAGCCACGCUGGAGAGAAUGAACACGCGCGUGAUCGGCACAUCGAAGUGUAGUCGGCCUCCGACGUCGUUCCGGACUCUGAACGACAUCGAACCCGACACGCCCGUCAUAGUCGUCGCGCAGAUGGAGAAGCGGGUUCAGAUGAUUGACGGCAGGGAGGUGCAGCCGCCGCAGUUCUCGUACCGCCGGCUGGGCACGAUAAUCGGCCACGUGCUGCCGGAGCGCGAGGGCGGGCUGCCCGUGCUAGUGGAGCCGCCCGUCACGCUGCCCUCGGAGAACUCCAACGUGGUGGUGAAGUGGCCGGACGAGAGGAGAGAUCUCCAGACCCUGUCGGAGCACCUCCGCCUGCGGGACCUCAACGCGAACACACAGUGAGCGCGCUGGCUCCUCGCCUAUAAACUGAGUUCGCCCCGAGCGGGCAGGUUCGGUCGGUCGGUGUGAAUACGUCCACGAUGCCGAAGCGUGUGCCGUGUGAUUUGACUGUGUGAAUGUUCCAUACUCGUGAGCUCUCCUCGGACUUGGAUGUGUAUACCAUAGUGGAAAUGUACGAAAUGUAUUUAUGUAAAAUGUAACUGAUAGAGUUAGUGAAUAUUACGGAGGCUACGUCUGGCGACGAUUUGCUUAAAGCGAUACUAACUGUAGUAUAGGUUUCGGCUGUACGUAAUGGUCUCUUCCAGUUAACGUGCUUUAAAUUAGUAUACUACAAUGUACGAUUUAUUUAUAUUAUCUCUUUUUCGGAGGUCGCUGAUUGUAGCUAUAGUAUUUGUCGUACGGAGAUAAAAUAACUUUUGUAGUUGCUGUUUAAAUAAAUAUUAUUAUGUAAA